GCUUGAUUCUCAAUUCUUCCUUACACCAAACAAAACAAACAAAAAGCCCACAGCUUCUGUAGUAAAUUGAUUUCAACCGUCCGAUCUUUCAUCUCUACAGAGAUCAUCUGCCUCUCUCUCUCUCUCUUCUCUUUAUUGUGCUGUCUCUCUCUCUCUCUCUCUCUCUGGAUCUCUCCGGCGAGCCGUUCUCUUAGGUUGGUGCUGGUGAUGUUUGUGAUUAUGGGCAGUAAAAUCGAAGCUUUAGCAUCCUCAGAAUCUGUCUGUUGGCAUCUCUGUAAAUGGGCUGCUUCCACUCCAAAAUAGCAAGAGAAUUCCGUGGACACGAAGACCCUGUCAAGCUUGCCUCCGAGACUGCCUUUAGUGUGAGUGAGGUUGAAGCAUUGUUUGAGCUGUUCAAGAGCAUAAGCAGUUCCGUUGUUGAUGAUGGUUUGAUCCACAAGGAAGAGUUUCAACUUGCCUUGUUCAAGAACCGGAAGAAGGAGAAUCUAUUUGCUAACAGGAUAUUUGAUAUGUUUGAUGUUAAACGAAAAGGAGUGAUUGAUUUCGGCGACUUUGUUAGAUCACUCAAUGUUUUCCAUCCCAAUGCUUCUUUAGAAGACAAAAUCGAUUUUACGUUUAGGCUUUACGACAUGGACUGUACGGGUUUCAUUGAACGACAAGAGGUGAAGCAAAUGUUGAUCGCCCUUCUGUGUGAAUCUGAAAUGAAGUUGGCUGAUGAAACCAUAGAGAUAAUACUAGAUAAGACAUUUGAAGAUGCAGACGUGAAUCAGGAUGGAAAGAUUGAUAAACUAGAGUGGAGCGAUUUCGUGAACAAGAACCCAUCACUACUUAAGAUCAUGACCCUCCCAUAUCUCAGGGAUAUAACGACAACGUUUCCAAGCUUUAUCUUUAACUCGGAGGUGGAUGAGAUUGUCAAAUGAAGAAACAAAACCGUUUUACAAAUGGUUGGACCGCACAAGAGAGAACCAAGACCAAGUUCUGAGUUGAUCGGUGUAGUCCACAACAACUGUUUGCAAACACACACAGUAGAUCAUAUUUUUUUUGCUUCAAAUUGUUUCUCUUACAUCAUAUUCUGGGUUCCUAUUUUCUUCUCAGAACAUUUUUGAAAUCCUUGUUUUUUUUAGCUUUAAAUAGAGCGCAAAUCACCAAUUCUC